AUGGCACACGGCGACCGGGCUAGUGUAGCCUACAGCCAUAGGCGACAAACAUGCGCACCCGGCCUUACCCUUCCAUCCCUCUCCACGCCUCACAGCUGCUGUUCGAGUCAUUUCGCCUUAGGUAGGGACCAUAGGGCCACUUUCAGAAAGCUUGUAGUAUCGUCAUUUGAAUUAGAAAGUUCUCUGUUAUUAGGUGAGACGCUAAAUGGUCAGCGUCUUAUCGAGUUCCGACUAGGCCAGGAAGCAGAGUCGGAACAGGGGCUGUCAGUAGCGGCAGCCGAGUUAUUGGUGCGCGCUGAAGCGACACCGAAAGCACGCCGUCUACGCUACACGCUCUGGGCGUUCACCGUUCACGGGAACUCGAGCGUAGGCGAACUCGCCGGCACUACAGUAGCCGGGGGUGGUAGAAGCGGUCGAGGAUGGCAGCGGGUAGACGUAACGGGCGCCGCGCGGCGGUGGGCGGCGGCGGGCGCGCUGGAGCCGCUGCGGUUGCUGGUCGACUGCAGCGGGUGCGCGGGCCACGUACGACUGCGGCUGGGCGGCGCGGCGGCGGCGCGACCGCUCCUGCGACUGCGGGUCGCGGCUCGUGCGCCUCGACGUCGCCGUGCGCUCGACUGCGAUGCCGCCGCCCACGGCCGCUGUUGCCGACAGACAUACUACGUGAGCUUCCGCGCGCUCGGCUGGGACGACUGGAUCGUCGCUCCUGAGGGCUACUACGCUAAUUAUUGCCGUGGCGCGUGUGAGCCAUACCUCAACUAUCACUCGCAGGUGGUGGAGGCGGCACGACUGGAGCGCGCCGCGUGCUGCGCGCCCGUGCGCUUCUCCGCGCUCUCGCUCAUCUACUUCGGUGCCGACUCGAACAUCAUCAAACGCGACCUGCCCGAGAUGGUGGUCGAGGAGUGCGAUUGCCCGUAGCGGCCCUGUACAUAGCCUCCGCCGCGUCGCCCCGCCUCUCUCCCGCCGCCCAUGCGGUAACGCUUUCGCCGCUCGAAUCCGAUUUAAUCCGAAUCGAUUAUAAAUAAUAUUCUCGACUUGUGUAAUAUUUUGUUCCUCGCGUUCGAAAGACUAUAUCCUAAAAUCGAAUAACAAGACUGUCUGCGGUCGAUUCGCGUCACGACUGCGGUGCCGCUAAGACAUUUUGCAUUCCAGUGCGGCGCGUCACACGCUGGGUGUCGAGUUCUGUUGCGUUACGAAACCGUACCUCAAUAUCGCAACCUGCCAAAUUCCCUCGCAACCACGUGUGUGACGAGCCGUUUCUGCGACCGGCAGCCGCACGUCGCGGGCGCGUAUCGUGUGUAGACGGCCUAAAUAAUUAAAUAUGCCGUUUUCUUUCACCCCGUUUGGUGA